AAUGCAGUGGUAACAUUUUAUUCCAUUUAAAUGCGUUUCUAUCAGUUAUUCGUGUCAAAUUGGUUCAGAAAAUAAAAAUGCUCGGAGCAGCUUUAUUCAUCUUUUCAUCUUUUGUACACAUUUCACAAUGUGGAGACUUCCAUACAAGUCUAAUAAUUGACAAAUUGGAGGAUUGUCCAGAAGAGAAUAUUACUAAAUAUUUCAACAUGACAAAUGUUGUUAUAAAUAUAGUUGAUGAACAUACAUUUGUAAAUGGACAAAUUAUAUUCACAGGGGAAAUGCCAGGUGAACAUAGUGUUAAGGUAGUAGCGAUUGCGGAAAAAUGUAAACAUAGGACUUUACAAGCCACCUGUGAAAUAAUAUUUGACUUUGCAGUAGUGAAAAAUCUAUGUACAAUAUGGAAUGAAAAGGGGAGAAUGUGGUCUAAGUCACUGGAAAGUAUUUCACCUCCGCUAGAGUGUAGAAUGAAGAACAAUAUCUAUACGGUGACCAAUGGGACAAUUGAUGAGGACAUCUUCAGAAAAACAGUACCAGAAGCUGAAAAAUAUUAUUGGAAACUCAAAUUGAAGUUGUUUUUUAAUAAUGAACUGCGAGCAUGUGGAAAAUUAGCUUGUGGAUUUCAAAAGUUUCCCGGCAAAAAAGUAAAAAAACAUUGAAUAAUAUUUUUAUGGCAGUAAAUAAA